AAAAAUGUAUCCUUCACCCCAACCACAAUCCUUAAAACCGCUUUACUUAAUUUCUUUUAUCCUCCUAUAUCCACAGCUUAAAGCGGAAGAAAUUUCCACAGAAUCGUUUAAACAUUGCCUCAUUUCAAAACCGAACGAAUCCUUUGGUUAUUGCCUUGGGGUUGGUGCUCUCACAAAGUUACAAACUUUAGAAAAUAACUUGGAAUUUGAAGUUACGGAGGACUUAAAGUUUACGAAAGAUGACCAACAAUAUAGAGAGGCUUAUAAUUUUGUUGAUAGUAAUCCUGGAAGUUUUAGAUCAAUCCUUGAUACAGUAGAUAAUGUAUUUUCAAGAAGAAAACUGCUUUGGGAUAUGAGCUUUCUAUAUCCCGGACUUUCAAUGAGAGUAUCGCCAUCUUUGAACCCGAUGGGAGCACUAGAAUUCGCUUUAGACCAACAUCGUGAUUCGUUGGUACGACAGAACUUGAAGGAUGUCGGCACAGGGAGAGUUCUCGCAAGACAAUUCCUCGUUCCCUUACUUUUGGGUUUAAAACUAAACGUUGCAACUUUACUACCUAUAUUUCUUGGUAUAUUAGCGUUUAUGGUGAAGAAAGCGGUUAUCUUUAGCAAAUUGGCUUUAAUUAUAUCCUCGGCUUACGCGCUAAGCAACUUGGUGUUUAAUUCUGGUGGUAAUUAUGCUCAUUCUCAGCAUCAUCAUCAAGAAUUUCCCGGACAUAAUUUCUAUAAUAUUUAUAAAAACGAAGAAAUCAAUCCGAAUAUUUAUAACGUGAAUGAAUACGCUGAUCUUUUAAGGCUACGUGGCCAAAUACCGGUUGAAGAAAUUUAUGCAAGAGAAAAGACUGAUGAAAAAGGAAGGAAUUUUGCUUGGACCAAUGAGGAACAUAAAAACGUUGCAUAAAUUGACAUAAAAUCAUCGCGAAUUGAAUGUUAUCUUAA